AUGACUGAUAUAACAACAGCAAUAUCUAAUGAUCUACAAACGAAUUCAUUAUCAGGUCUGGCAAAUCUAUCAUCUGAUACGAAUGAAAUGAUAGAAACAAUUAAUCCAAUUUCGGAUUCAAUUGUUAGUGAUGAACCGCCAACAAAAAAAUCUAAAAUAACAUCCAAUGAUAAAUUGCGUUUACUAGAAGAUCGUAUCAGUUCUAUUUUGUCUUGUUGUAUUUGUUUGGAUCUUUCGACAUUAUCCAUAUUUCAAUGCGUAAAUGGACAUCUAAUGUGUGCCUCAUGCUUUAAUCAUUUAUUAGCUGAUUGUAAAUUAAAAGAUGAACAAACAACGUGUCCAAAUUGUCGUUGCGAAAUUUCUAAGUCAAAUUGUACGAGAAAUUUAGCGGUUGAAAAAACUAUAUCAGAAUUACCUAUACAAUGUGAUUAUUGCCUUCAAAUUUUUUUACGUUCAGAAAUCAAGAAUCAUCAAUCGCAAAUUUGUCUCGAUCGACCAACUAUUUGUGACUAUUCAUUACUUGGAUGUAAUUGGAAUGGACCAUUUCAUAGUUUAUCAUCACAUCUAACAGUAUGUGAAUAUCCAAAUAAGACUGGUUUGGAACUAAUUGAUACAAUACAAGCACAGAAAUGUUUAUAUGAUGACGAAAAAAAGUCCCUUGAAACAGUUGUUGAUUUACUUUCACUGAAUCAAAUUGGAGUUAGUGAUCUUGUUUUAAAACCAUUUCGAACAGAUGAUUUCGUUGUCAAACUUUAUUUUGAAACAUCACGUUUUACAGCAUUACAGUAUCAAUGGCAAGUACGCGCUCGAAUUAAUGAUAAUAUUCCACAUCCACAUACAACAAUUACACGAUCAUUAAGCUACCAAUUAGGACCACACGGUGAUCCAUCAACAUCACAAAUACAACCAAUUAUUUAUCAUUUUGAAUUUAAUCAAAACAAUACUGAAACAGAAUAUUUAAAAUUGCCCAUCAGUUCACAAGAAUGUAACAGAAUGUUAUCAUCGUCAUCAAUUAGUUUUCGUUUACUAAUGGUUCAACUUGAUAAACCUUAA